AGUGGUGCCGGAGGGCCGGUGUGUGCGGGGCCCUGUCGUUUGUUUGGCUGUGGACCUCCCUGCGUUGCGGCGGCGCGGCCUCCCCUCUCUCGGAGAGUUAUGGACCGGAAAAAGAAGCCUCUGAACGUAACAGUCGGUUCGCUGGUAGAUUUGAAAGCUGAACUGUUCCGAAAGCAGGAAGAAUUCAAAAAAGAGAAACUUCUGAAAGAUGCUGGAGUCCCCGUAAAGCCCAAAACAGUAAAUAAGAAACCAAGCAUUUGGACUAAGCAGAACAAAGGUGUUUCAGAUCGAGCUGAAAAAGAUGCCGAGCAGAAGAUAGAGGAGCAGCAAACUCUGGAUAAAUCAAGGCAGAAACUGGAAGAGAAAGCACGUCUGUAUGAAAAAAUGACCAAGGGAGAUUUUCCAGAUGAAGAAACUGAAGAUCUGUAUCUUGUGGAUUUCACUCAGAAGAUAAUUGACAAACAGAGAGAAGUACAAGAACUAUGUACCAGUGAAACUACCAGAAAAGCAAUGGGGGAGGAGAAUAGGGAAGAAGAGAGACUCUCUGAAACAGAGAUCCCACCUCCACAGGACCCGAAUGAAGAAUGGGUUGAUUAUGUGGAUUCACUAGGCCGUUCAAGACGAUGUAUGAAGAAAGAUUUGCCACAUCUGCUACAAAUGGAUAAAGAGCUCCAGGGAAAGAGGCCAGUGACUGAAGAAAAGACUCUGCUGUCAGAAGACAUGAGAAGGGAGCUUCAGCGUCAGGAAUGGGAAAGAGAAGAAGAAGAAGCGCUAAAGAAACCAAUGGGUCCAAUUCAUUAUGAGGACAUCCGAGAAAAUGAGGCCCGACAGCUUGGUGUUGGUUACUUUGCAUUUGCCCGUGAUCAGGCUUUGAGAAGAAAACAAAUGGAAACCUUAGAAAUGCUAAGAGAGCAGACCAUCGAUCAAAGAGCAAAACGUGAACAUUUAAAGGAAAAACGUAAAGCUAUUUUGGAGGCCAGGUUGUCUAAGCUUCGAGCAAAAAAGCGCUUAAAAGAUGGUGACACAAAGGAAAAUGGAGAGGAAGAGGCUGUAGAGCCAGUCCUGUCUUCAGUCAAGCCCACUGAACUGCCAAGAGUUUCUACAGAAACUAGAAGAGUAGAAGUUAUCAUUCAGGAAAGGAAAGAUACCAAGCCGGGCGUGCCCUAUGUUCGUGAGUGGGAUAAAGGCAAAGAAUUCACUUUUGGACUCUGGUCAAAGAAGCAGAAUGAUCUCAGGAAUGAACGAGAUCCAGAGUUUGCACCACCUUCUGCUUACUUUGUCAAUCAAAACAAAGCUCAUGAUUUUAAAAGCCAAAAUUGGAAUAAAUCUGGAUCUUCCUAUGAAAAAAUGGAACACAGUCUUACAAGUAAUUUGCCAUCUACAUCAACUGAGACUCACAAUACCAACUCACAGAACAAUCACUUCAUAUCCACUCAGGCACAUGAGAUGGGAACGUCAAACCAAGAACCAGUUUACCAAAGUUUGGAUGAUAUGCUCUCCUACUAUAAGCAAGUCACAUGAACCCUAGAUGCUGUUAGCAAAGCUAUUUGCUCCCUGAUGAUUAAAAAACUCUUGCUAGGAUAGAUAUCAAAUCAUUCUAUGAACAGGAAUGAACCUUCCUGCAAUUCUCUUCUUUCCAUCAUUUCUAAUAUUAAAGAAUUCAGUUUUA